UUCUUAAGCUGCCGCUGUGCAAUUCAAGAGGCAAGACCAGACCUUGGAAGCCCACAGCAGGGCAUUGAUUAAGCACUGACUUCAGCGUUCGGAGCUCACAGAUACAAUGAGACCAAAGUUCAACACCUGGUUGGCUCUUCUGUCUUCUCUCUUUUUCACUUGUACUGCAUAUGUUGCCAGCCAGGAUAACUGCUGCAUCCUAGAUGAACGAUUUGGUAGCUUUUGCCCCACAACAUGUGGCAUAGCAGCCUUCUUAAGCACAUAUCAACCUGAGGUAGACCGAGAUCUCCAGAUCCUUGAACGCACUUUACAGCAUGUCUCCAACGAUUCAUCGUUAACAGAACAUUUGAUGCAGCAGAUAAAACAAGUUCACACCCCAAACCCCUCCACUCAGCCAAAUGUGAUUCCAGGUUACACUCAAAAGUCUAGAGAAAUCAUUGAUGAAAUCAUCAGAUAUGAAAAUGUUAUUGUGGGCCAUGAAAAUACAAUACAACAACUGACAGACAUAAUCAUAUCAAAUAAUAACAACAUCCAACAGCUAAAGCAGAAGACUGCUCAGCUUGAGGCACAGUGUCAGCAGCCAUGUAGAGACACUGUCCAGAUACAGACUUUAAGUGGAAAAGAUUGCCAAGACAUUGCAAACAAAGGUGGCAGACAAAGUGGUCUCUAUUUCAUCAAACCUCUAAAAGCCAAAGAAGAAUUCCUGGUGUAUUGUGAAAUUGAUACUCUAGGCAAUGGAUGGACAGUUUUCCAGAGGAGACUUGAUGGCAGCGAAGAUUUUAAUCGAAACUGGGUUCAAUAUAAAGAAGGAUUUGGACACCUGUCACCCAAUGACCAGACAGAAUUCUGGUUGGGAAAUGAAAAGAUUCAUUUAGUAACCACUCAAUCUAAUAUUCCAUAUGUUUUGCGAAUAGAGCUCGAAGACUGGAGUGGCCAAAAAAGCUAUGCAGACUAUGCCCACUUCAAAGUGGGAAGUGAACUAGACAAGUACCGUUUGACCUAUGCCUUCUUUGUUGGAGGGGAUGCCGGAGAUGCCUUUGAUGGUUUUGAUUUUGGUGAUGAUCCAAGUGACAAGUUCUUUACCUCCCACAAUGGCAUGCAGUUCAGCACACAUGACAAUGACAAUGACAGAUAUGAUGACAACUGUGCUGAGCAGGAUGGAUCCGGUUGGUGGAUGAACAAAUGUCAUGCAGCUCACCUCAAUGGCAAAUAUUACAAAGGUGGCAGUUACACUGAGAAAGAUGCAGGUCCAGGAGGACAUGACAAUGGUAUUACUUGGGCAACCUGGCGUUCUCGGUGGUAUUCCAUGAAGAAAACAGUGAUGAAAAUCAUUCCAUUCAGUCGGCUUUCAUCAGUAUCAGGACAGCAAAUUGGAGGAGUAAAAGAAGUUGGACUAGGAAAUCGAGGAGACAUUUAGAAAAAUAAGAAGCGAUAAUGAAACUCACUGUAAAUUUAGGCAAAGGCAACUCUAUAUCUUAACAAUGUCUCAAUAUCACACAAGUCUCUUACGGAAACUGUUCUCAGCACUAUGAGAUCUGAACAACAUGAGUUAUUGUACUGGUCUCUGAUGAAACUCUUCUCAGAUUUUAACUUUCCCAUUGAAAACAAAUCACAAUAUCAUUUUUUUAAAAAAACAUAAAAGACAAAUACAUGAUUGUUGUCUCAUUUUAAAAAAGACCUAAAUUGUAUCACAAAUAUGUGAAACUUGCUGCCAUAUCAUGUAGCAGUGGCCACUCACUUGAAUGGAUUUAAAGAUGUAUUAAGCCAGUGUUCCCCAGCUUUGUCUCUCCAGAUAUUUCUGUACUAUAUAUCCCAGAAUUCUGGGAAUUACAAUCCAAUAACAUCCGAUAAAUCUCUGAAUUAGACAAAUUCAUGGGAUUGGUUCCAGACAUGGUGUAGGAUCUUCACAUGGUGUAGGAUCCUCACAUACUCAGAUAAUUUUAAAACUGAUGGGACUGUAAAGGUGUAAAAUAUCCCCUUUGUUUUGUUUGCCAAUGGGAUAUUAUGUAUUGCAUAAACCCAAGUAUGUAUCACAAAUGUACAAUGUUGUAUUGGAAAAAUAGAUGGCUCACAAGUUCAGGUUUAUAACUAA